AUGAGUGAAAGUGUUAUAGACGUCCAAGGGUUUAAUUUUAAAAAGGGGCGUGAACACAGCUCAUGUAGAGAUCAAAGGAAAAUAACACAAAAGGAUGAUGUCAUUAUUUCUGCAGGAUCUUCUCAAUGCUCUCUAAAUUCUGAGCAUAAAAGUGUAAGCAGUGGGAGUAGCAGCACCUUGAGGAAAAGUAUAAGAUCAAUUUUCAAAAGAGCUGUUGAUCUACCAAGGGUUAACAUGGGCCCCCUGACAUAUUCGUAUAGUAUAAAUGACCUUGUUAAUAAAAGGUUAAGGAAAGAAUGUGAUCUUAUUACAUUAUGCCACAUACUGCAAAGAGGAAUUAAAAUGAUUAGAAUAACGCGAAGGAAACGAAAAUUUUAUGAAUUUAAGCUAAUAAACAACAACGGACAAAUAAUAUGGAAAGAUGGUUCGAAAUUUCUUGAAUUAGAUUCUAUCAAAGACAUUAGAAUUGGUGAUAUGGCGAGUACCUAUCAAGAGGAGGUUGAUCCGAAAAGAUUAAGGCAUGACAGUAAACUUUGGAUCACUAUUAUUUACAAGAUUUCAAAUAAGUUAAAGGCGUUACACGUGGUUGCUUUAAAUGAAUCGGACUUCAAUACUUUUCUAAGCUGCAUUUGUGGUUUAGUAACAAUAAGGAGAGAGCUAAUGGAAAGCAUACUUCUGCCCGAUAAUUCGCAAUUCGCUAGGAUACAUUGGCAAAUCACUGUCUCUGAGAAGGAAGAAGACGAGGAAAGGGAUACAUUGAGCUUUGGAGACGUGAAAAAGCUGUGUGACAAAUUUCAUAUUUAUGUCUCUACAGGUCAGCUGUUACAGACUUUCCAAAUGGCUGACAUCAAUCAUAAUGGACUGUUAAAUUAUUUUGAAUUUGAGAAAUUUAUCAAGAUUCUGAAAAAUAGAAAAGAGGUGAAUAUGCUCUGGCUUAAAGUCACAAAACAUCCACACUCACAUUUGUCAUUUGAAGAAUUUUACCGAUUUUUAAUCAAUGAACAACAGGAACAGGUGAGUCGCGAAACUGCAUGGUCCUCCUUCACUAAAUACAAAGAGCCAACUCAGUUGAUAAUGGGACAAGAUGGUUUUACCAAAUUUUUAAAAGAACAGCCAUAUUUGGUUGAUGUUGAAGAAGAAUUAUAUUCCAGGCCGUUGAAUCAUUAUUUUAUUGCAUCUUCACAUAAUACUUAUCUACUAGGGAAACAAAUUGCAGAAACACCGUCUGUGGAGGGUUACAUCCAAGUAUUACAACAAGGUUGUAGGUGUGUAGAGAUUGACAUUUGGGAUGGUGAGAAUGGCCCGGUGGUGUGCCACGGAUUUUUAACGUCGGCUAUCCCUUUGAAGACCGUUAUACAUGUGAUUAAGAAAUAUGCUUUUAUUACGUCCCCGUAUCCGCUAAUUAUCUCAUUAGAAAUCAAUUGUAAUAGGGACAAUCAAAAAUUAGCAGGCUUGAUAAUGAAAGAGAUUUUGGCGGAGCAGCUUUACUUUUCCGCGACAGUAACUGAUAAAUUACCAUCGCCUAAAGAAUUAAAGCAUAGGAUAAUUUUGAAAUCCAAGAAGACAAGUCAACUGGCUGGAAGUGGUAAUUUUGGUGAAUUGUUUCCAUCUUCUUUCAGUUCUUCUUACGAAUCGUCUAAUGAACAGGAUAAUAAAAUGAAGGACGAUUACACAAACAACAGCAGUAGCAAUAAUAGUAACAAUACCAAUUCUUCUAGUAUGCAGCGGAUUAAAAGAAUCGGAUUGAAAAAGCACGUUGACAUAAUUAAUGAUAUUUUAAGUAUAUCCGGAAUACACGGCAUAAAAUUCAGAAACUUUUCUUUGCCUGAAUCUAAAACGACAGCACAUUGUUUUUCAUUGAAUGAGCAUAAAGUGGAAUACAUGCUUAGAGACAAGAAUUUAAAGCUUUCAUUGGAUAAACAUAAUAGAAGAUAUUUGAUUAGAGUCUAUCCUCACGUUCUAAGGUACAAGUCAACAAAUUUCAACCCUAUACCCUUUUGGAAAAUGGGAGUUCAGAUGGUUGCCACAAACUGGCAAACGAACGAUAUCGGACAACAACUCAAUUUGGCCAUGUUUCAAAUCUUGGAUCGUCAACCUGAUGGGAGUUUUAAGUCGGGAUAUAUACUAAAACCGAAAAAACUGCUACCAGUCGUAACAAAGGCCAAGAUGAUCCCGCUGCUUUAUAAACAUUUGGCGAAUGACAAUGACCCAGUAACUAUAAAAAUAAAGAUACUUUCCACACAAUUAUUGCCAAGGUUACAAGAUACAACGGCAAGAAGAAACGACACCAGUUCGUAUGUUAAAAUAGAAUUUUAUACAGACGAAGAACCGAUCGUGCCCAUCUCAGUUGAUGAGGGUACAAAGAUUUCCGCGACAGAGGCAUCCACUAAGAGUUGUCGAGGAAAUGGAUUCAACCCGAUUUGGGAUGCCCAGGUUUCUAUCACACUGAAAGAUACGGAACUCACCUUUAUAAAACUCAUGGUAAUUUCUGAAGAGGCCCCGAUUGCGUCAGUUUGUUUGAAACUGAGCUAUUUGAGGAUGGGCUAUCGUCACAUUCCACUAUUCAACAUGGAGGGGGAGCAAUAUAUCUUUUGCACUUUAUUUAUUCAUACACAAAUUCUAUAA